CGGGAAACAAGACAGUUUUGUCAAUUUUGAUUAAGUAGAAAGGUUUGUCGUUGGUUAAAAAAUAUGCCUCCGACCAGUGGAAAAUUUUACAGGAAAGUCCAAAAAGAAAAGCAUAAGCUCUCUGGCGACCAUCAUCCCAACCAGUGCAAUCACAUGCUCCACGGUCAGUUCAUUCACCACAAGCCUCUGCGGGCUACGGAGGGCAAGCAGGUAGUGGUCGCUGAUGGCGCCCGGACUCUGAUCGUCCCUGAGCGCACUCCAGUGGAUAGGCCUGCGAUACUGGCCCAAUCGGAAUUCGAGAGGUUGAAAAGUCAGGCUCACGUAACGACCCUAGAGGACAGACUAAAAACGAUCGAGGAACUUGACAGGCGCAAAAACGCGCUCGUGAUGGAAAGUCUGGCGAGGAAAGAGGAGCUGCUCAAAACUCAGAAACAUCGGAUCGUCGAGCCGGGUGGCAAAGCAGAGACGGUCGAGUCAGACUCAGUCCACAUCCUCAAACGGUCGGAGGAACUGCUGAUGGAACAAGACGAGAGAGUGAAACGAGCCAACGGUAUUAUCCUCGCGGCCAAAUGCCGCGCCAUACGUAACGCGCAAAUAGCCGAGAAAAAGGUUAUCGAACGGCGACUGAAAGAAGAAGAAACUCGCCUGGAAGCGAUGAUGGAGCAACAACGUCAGAAAAGUAUAGAAGCGGAGGAGAAGAAACGGGAGGAGGAGGAAAAGAAGAAGGAGGCAUACGUGGUGGAGGUGACGCGGCAGAUGAAAGAAAACGAGCUGGAGAGGAUGUUGGAGGCGGAACGGAUCGAGGAGGAGAGCAGGAUGUUGAAUAAGGCGCUGAUCGAGCUUCAGAAGGACGACGAGGAAAAGCUGAGGGUGAAAAGAGAGGAACAGUUGAGAACGAGGGAGGAGUUGAGGCGGACCAACGAGGAGGCGGAAAAGUACAGGAACCUCAAAGCUGAGGAGCAAAGGAUCGCGGAUUUGAGGGUUCAAGAGUUUAUGCGUCAAAAAGCGCAAAGAGAAGAGGCCAGGGAAAAAGAACAGUCGCUCUUGAGGGCAGCGAAAGAGCGAGAAAUUGCAAGACUGCGAGCCAUGCAGGAAAAGAGCAGAGAUAUCCAGGCGGCUCUCGACGAGAUGCACGCUUUACGCACACAGGAGGAGAAGGAGCGCGAAUGGAGGGAGAAGGAGAAACGGGCAGCUUUGGAGAAACAGAAAGCUACCAGGGAGUUGCAUGAGGCUAGAAGGAGGCAAGUGGAGGAUAUUAGGAGGGCGCAGGCGUUGGCACUCGCCAGAGAUGAGGAGGACUUUAAGAAGGUGGCGAAGGUGCAGCGGGAGUGGUUGGAGAGAGACGGUCAAAAGAGAGAAUUACGGAAGAGGGAGGUUGCGGUGCACAGGAGGGAGUUGUUGAAGCAGAUCGACGAGAAGGAGAAGGAGAGAAUUGAGCGCGAGAGGGAGAGAUUCGAGGAGGGCAAGGCACAGAGGAUGGAGUACGCGUUGAGGGACAGGGGCGUGGAGGAUUAUCUCAAGCGCAAGGUCGAGCGGUUGAGAGAAUGCAACGUGCCAGAGCUUUACGUCAGGGACAUCGAGAGGCAACUGAAACUGGGGGGAAAAUGACGAGCUUAUGUUAU